AUGUCAGGGGGGUGCCACGUCGUCCCCACGAGCGUGAUGUGCGCCCCCCUCGCGCCCGUCGCCGACCUCCCCGUCCUCCCCUACGACCCCCUCCUCUGCGCCGGGUGCCGCGCCGCGCUCAACCCCUUCGCCCGCGUCGACUACCGCGCCGCCCUCUGGUCCUGCCCCUUCUGCCUCCACAAGAACCCCUUCCCCCGCUCCUACGCCGGCAUCGGCGAGAACAACCUCCCCGCCGAGCUCUUCCCCACCUACAGCUCCGUCGAGUACGUCCUCUCCCAAAACCCUAACCCUACCUCACACCCCAACGGGUUCGGGCUCUCCCCGUCCUCCUCCUCUUCUUUCGGCUCCUCGGCGUCGCUAUCGGGAUCGUCCGCCGCCCGGCCGCUGGGAACGGCGUUCGUGUUCGUGGUGGACGCGUGCUCGGCGCCGGAUGAGCUCCGGGCGCUAAAAAAUGAGAUCUUGCACGUGGUGGCGCAGCUCCCAGAGAACUCUUUGGUGGGGCUGGUGUCCUUCGGAGCGAUGGUGUGGGUGCAUGAUCUCAGCUUCACGGAGUGCUCUCGAGUUUUGGUGUUCUCCGGCGAUCGAGAGCUCACUUCGGAGAAGAUCCAAGAGUUUCUGGGCAUUCAUCAUCACCUUCAAUACAGCAAACCAGCAGUACCGAGAACAACACAAAAGCAAAGCUUCCUCCUGCCGGUUUCUGAGUGCGAGUUCAACAUUACUGCUGCCUUAGAAGAGCUUGGUUCCCUCUCUGCUUGUUCAUCUGGUCACCGCCCUGUGAGGGCCGCCGGAGCGGCCAUCUCGACAGCUGUAGCCCUUCUAGAAGGUUCCUCUCCCGGUACAGGUGGCCGUGUGAUGGUCUUCACAUCCGGGCCUGCAACUACUGGUCCAGGGAUGAUUGCAGAAUCCGAUCUUGGUAAACCUAUUCGAUCACACCGCGAUCUUAUUAAUGGAAAUGCUCCCUUUUCUGAGAAGGCCCGUGGAUUCUACAGGCAUCUGGCUCAGCGGUUGUCGGAUAAAUCUCUCGUUCUUGACCUCUUUGCUUGCUCUCUCGAUCAGGUUGGGGCAGCCGAGCUAAGGCACCCAAUUGAAAUGUCCGGUGGAUUUAUGGUGCUUGCUGAGUCGUUCGAAUCUGACCAAUUCAAGAAAUGCUUGAGGCACAUAUUUAAUCAUGAUGGUGCAGAACACCUAAAUAUGGAUUUUGAUGCCCGAAUCGAUAUAGUAACCUCGCAGGAGGUCAAAAUAUGCGGGGCCCUAGGGCCGUGCAUGUCCCUCCGCAGUAAAAAUAGUUCGGUAAGCGAGAAGGAGAUCGGCGAAGGUGGGACAAGUUCUUGGAAGAUGAGCACUCUGACAAGCAGAACGUGCAUUGCAUUUAUUUUCGAAGUGGGUGGUGAGAGAAAUGGCGAACCGCCGACAGUCUUUUUUAUUCAGUUUAUGACAUGGUACCGGCACGGAAGCGGCGGUUAUCGCCUUAGGGUCACCACUGCUGCAAGGAGGUGGGCGCUGCCACGAUCUCCGGAGAUCACCACAGGGUUCGAUCAGGAAGCAGCUGCCGCUGUCAUGGCUCGGCUCGCGGUCCACCGGGCAGAGAGGUACUAUGCGAGAGAUGUCAUCCGAUGGCUCGACAAGAUGCUGAUUAGGUUCACAUCCAAGUUCGGGGAAUAUGUUCCGGAAGACCCGUCUACGUUCCGGCUCUCAUCGAACUUCUCUCUGUACCCACAGUUCAUGUACUACUUGCGACGAUCGCAGUUCAUCGACGUAUUUAAUAGCUCUCCAGAUGAAACCGCCUUCUUCAGGUUGAUGCUGAAUCGGGAAGGGGUGGUGGGGUCACUCAUCAUGAUCCAACCAACCCUAUUUCAGUAUUCAUUUGAUGGACCACCUAUACCUGUGCUGCUCGACGUGAGCUCAAUCUCUCCGGACGUCAUUUUGCUGUUCGACUCGUACUUCUACAUAGUGAUCCAUUACGGGUCAAAGAUCGCACAGUGGCGGAAGCUAGGGUACCACAGGAGCCCAAACCACGAGAACCUCCGGAAGCUUCUAGAAGCUCCGGAGGUUGAUGCUGAGGCAUUGAUGGCGGAUCGGGUCCCAGUGCCGAAGCUCAUAAAGUGCGACCAGCAUGGGAGCCAAGCGCGGUUUCUAUUAGCCAGGCUGAACCCUUCAGUUACUCAGAAGACACAGCUCGUUGACGGGGCGGAGGUUAUAUUCACGGAUGAUGUGAGCUUGCAAGUUUUUAUCGAGCACUUGCAGGAAUUGGCUGUUCAGGGUUGAUUAUUAGGGCGGUUUGGGAUUGUACAUGUCUGGCUUUUCCUUUCUCUCGUUUUUUACUCAAGGGGGAACUAUAGGAGUGCCUCGCAAUUCAUAGGUGGGUUCUGUAAGAGCGUCAGAAUUUUUUUCUACCUUUAUGCAGCUUGUAGUAGUAUAAUUUGCCUCCUGAGUCUGCUUUUGCUGCUGGUUGUGAUGAUGUAUGCAAGAUCGUUUCUCUCUCUUUUACGACAGUUGUUGUGAAGGGUGCUCUAGUUGCAGAUC